UCGCAGUACAGUACUUAUCUACUGAGCACGAUGGGCAAAAAGAACAAAGACGAUAUCCCUAACCCAAACAGCGUCGCCAAUCGGGAUAUCAUUCAACGUCUCAACUUCCUCUACCAGGCCAGUGUUCUCCUCAAUGGCAUGAUAGCUAGCCCCUCGCAGGUUCCGUCUAGCCCUUGCGAGGCCAACGACGCGCAAAAUCGGCCGAACAAUCGGAAAAGGAGAGUCGUAUCUACUUCUGACCUGUCGAGAAGCUACGUGGACACGAUGAAGGUGGUCGGGCAGAAAACAAAUGUCAAGAUUGAUCCAACAGUCAAACGCGUUAUAUGUAAGGGAUGCAACGUCGUGUUAAUGCCUGGUGCCUCCGCGACCGUACGGGUGAAGAAUUCGACAUCGCACGGACACUUUAUCAUCUACACUUGUAACUCGUGUAGAACGUCACGACGAAUACCUGCGCCUCCAGUACUGGAUGCAAAUGAACCACAAGGUGUGCAACAUUCUCGAUCAUCAUCCACUGCGACGGACCAAACAGCUCCUGGCACUACAGCAGGAAAUGCUUCAGGGUCAGCGCAGCGUGGACAAAAGAAGUCGCGUGCACCCCGUCUGCCGCCCCACUUUGCUCGAGAUCUCGGUCAUGUUGUUUUCCGAGGAAAUGAGAGAUUGCCCGAUGCCAUUCUGUGAUAUCAAAUUCGAUCAUUUUGUCUUGUUUCCCUGCGACUCGGUUCCAUUUUGAUGAAUGACUGGUACUUUGCCAUCGCUUACCGAACAAUUCAGUGAGUCAAUCGACCAUCUCACACUAUCACAUCUCCUACGAACGCUGUGAACAACAUCACUCUAGUUCUCUCAACAAGUUUGAAGAGUGGUAGAGAUCACGGAGGUGGUGGUAGACCGAGAAGUUUGAAGUUCACGGCCCGGCUUCAGCAACCUCGCUCAUUGGACGUUUUAUAAUACCAUUUUAGUGAAGUUUUAAAUAAUAGUGUCAUCGUGUCGAUGUACGACUGCAUAUCGUCAAAAUAGGUGAAUUGACUGUGUUGUGGAAUAGGUGCCGAGCGAUUCCGGUGACCGCUUCCGACAACCAUGGCCAAUCGAAUAGCCGCUUUCAUA